UCUACGUACAAGAUAACACACAUUUAAAUGUUUCCUAACGAGAACUUACAAUUAAACAUUGUAAUUUAUUUUAUUUAAAAGGGGGAAACAAGCUAUAUAUUUUUGUAUCGUGUCGUUAUAUUAGUAGUGAUAUUUCGGUAAUUCGUAAAGAAUAUUAAAACGGAGAAAUUCGGAGAAGAGAAAAAGAUAGGAAACGACGGGGUCCGCGAGUGGCGAAAGAAGAACGCACGGGACACGAACCGAUAAAGGAAAGUACGUCAAAUAUAUAAAAUAGUGCUAUAUCGUUCGGCGUUAGAGACGUAUAAAGGGAAGCGCAUUAGUGGUGCUUUUCAUAUAACGAAAUACAAAUAAGAAGGCUAAAUUAUAAUCGUAAACGGAUCGAGGUGACAUUGCUGUGACGCCUGACUAACGACCAAGACAGUUACAAAGGCGCCGCCACGAACUACAGUGGACAAAUCAACGAGGAAGGUUGGUUGGUUUACAUGAAAACGACCAAGAAAAUAAUCGUCGUUACGAUUUUUAAACAAAACAAAACAAAAAACCGAAAAAGUACGACGAACCGUAUCACGAAGACGAACUGGCCGUCGCUAAGGCUGAAAUCGGCGGCCAAGUAGGCGGAUAAUCUCGCGUAGUUUCGCUCUCUCUCUUUCUCUUUUCCUUGCAACUCGUUCGAUAUCUUUCUUUCUUUUUCUUUCUCACAUACUACUACCUAUCUUUCUUGCGCUUUCUCAUUCUUUCUCUUUCUCUUUCGCUGUCUCUCUCGUACACGCACACGCACACGCGCGCUCACCACUCACACUACUACAUACUUCUUUCUGUCUCUACUACUACCCGACACGUUUGGCCUAGGUUCUCGCCGGUGUUGUGCGUGUGUUAAACAUCGACAUGGAAUAAAGUGUAAAAGAAGUAUUAGUAUUAGUUUAGCAAAGUAGUGUGAAGUGUGUAUGAUUGACACACCCUCUUAACGUCCGUCAUCCGUUCGCAUCGCCACCGUUCGGCUUUCUCUACCCCUUUCUUCCUUCAUAUUUUUCUCCCUCGUUUAUCAUUCUUUCGGUUUUAACGUAUAUUCGUUUACUCGCACACUCACGCAUCUUGCGCGCGCGUACGUUUUCUCGAGUCAAAAGAGAUACGCGAGACGUAUAUACCUAUAUACACACAUACACACACAACAUAACAUACUUACAGCAUCAUCGAUAGCAAGCAGAGAGCGCGUUUACGCUCGCGCGCGCAGCUCGUUCCUCGCCCCCUUUGCACGGUCCUAUCUCUAUCUCUCUCUCUCUCUUCCUCACUUUCACCCCUCCUUCCCUCCGUUGAUACCGCCAUCGCCCUUUCUACCGUCCUCUCCCACUCCUCGCUACGGUGCAAAGUGAUUUAUCGUUCUCGCUGGUCGCGUUCGGUUUCGUCGGUGCGUUAAAGGCUCUAUUGUGAUCCCCGUAACCAUACGCUCCGUACCACUGACGUCUCUUCUUCCUUCUGUACCCUGCAUCAUUCCCGAUUUCGUCUCUCCAGACGAUAGCCGUUCAUCUAGCCUGUGGCGGGAUACCACGCGUCUCGUCUCGUCUCGUUGCGUCUCGUCUCGCCCAUCCUCUACCUCCACCAUCUUCUUCUUCUCCUCCACCUCCACCAACACCACCACCACCACCACCUCCAGCAGUCUGCCUUCCCCUCCUUCCACAGCGUUCGGCUGUAUCCCCCUCUUUCUGGCGCGACUCCCUUCCCUCUCCUCCCGUUGCUGCCGCCAGCCCCCUCCCCUUUCUCUCUCUCUCUUUUAUUAUCGGCCGUGCGAUCAGGGGGAGUGCGACACGAGAUAUACGACAUUCCGCUGAGCCGUGUGACGGUGCUCUCGGCCGCGUCGUGGCUCGCGUGGCAUCGAAGGGUGGAGGAGAGCGGGCACGUGAACCAGCUACAUCUUUUCCGUGUACGUAGAAAGCAGCAGCGAAGCCGAGGAAGGUGUGCCCGAAGGAGUCGUUUCCUGUUAUUGCUGUCAGGGAGGAGGGAUAAAGGAAGGAAGAGCAGCAACAGCAGCAACGCGGCUAGCCAGCCGGCGACCGACCGACCGAUUUGCUAAGACGAAAGUACACGCGCGCGUGUUGUACGCACUCUCCACAGCUACAGCAGCAAGUAACAGGGAGCACAGCAGCCACCACCACACCAUUACCUACUACUACUACUAUACUACUACCUACUACUACUAUUCUACUCUACUACUACUACUACUACUACUACUACCUACCACUACCAUCGCCACCUUCAUCAUACACUACUAUUACUACUGCUACUUGCUACUUGGACUAGUGUACUACUAGACAACUACAAUUGCAAACUACAUUAUUAUCAGAGCAUCAUCGUUCCGAGUUUGCUAGGAACUACCAACCACUAGCAUGUCUGUCAGAAUGGAAAACAACGUUGCUCCGCAAAGGAAAAUUAAUUAUAAGAUGAUGGCUAGCAGCCCACGGCCAGCAUACGUCGGCGCUAACAACGGUAACGCUGGUGGAGGCGCCAACGCCGGAGGCGUGGGCGUGGGCCCAACCAGCGGUGGUGGCGGCGGCGGCGGUGGCAGUGGCGGCGGCGGUGGCGGUGGCGGCACCACUGCCGGUAGUGGCGGCGGCGGUGGAGGUGGGCACGGGGGCGGCGCUGGCGCCGGCGCCGGUGGCGGAUUGAAGGGUAACGCGACGGGAGGUGGGGCCGGGGGUGGCGCUGGUGGCGGCGCCGGUGGUGGCAGUGGCGGCGGCGGCGGUGGUGGCGGAGGCGGUGGUGGUGGUGGUGGCGGACCACGAGGAGGCAACCCGGUGCAAUUUCGAGCGAGUGGCGCCGCCACGGCAGCUUGGGGCGCGGCGCCGUCGCACGGUACCGCGGCCAUGGUGGCAGCAGCGGCCGCCAUGCCGUGUUUCAACCGCUUUCCGAGUGCCGCCGCGGCGGCUGCCGCAGCGGCACAGGUACAGGUCGGUGCGCAACCGUUACAGCCCUCUGCCAACCCUUACGUCACCGCCCCCUACGCUCAGCACGUCUCGUAUGGUGCACAACGGGUACCUACAGCCUCGUCACCAGCCAAUACCACCAGUAGUUCUAGCAGUGCCACUGGCAGUCAAAGCGGGGCAAUGAGCACAAGUAUGAGCAAUAAUGCUAUGCAAGGACAGCAGACGGAACAAUUAUCUAAAACAAAUUUAUACAUACGUGGCCUCAACCAAAAUACUACCGAUAAAGACCUUGUUAAUAUGUGUUCUCAGUAUGGAACUAUAACUUCCACGAAGGCAAUAUUGGAUAAAACAACAAACAAAUGUAAAGGUUAUGGCUUUGUAGACUUUGAGUCACCGGUGGCGGCAGAGGGUGCUGUGAAAGCACUGGUCGCCAAGGGCAUCCAAGCGCAGAUGGCGAAAGUGGGUAUCUGGUUGCUCCGUAGACUGGCAAGUGUACGUUGGUUGUGCAUGCAACAACAGGAACAGGAUCCUACAAACCUUUAUAUCGCAAACCUUCCAUUGAACUUUAAGGAAAAUGAUGUUGAAGGACUUCUUCAACAAUAUGGACAAGUCAUCUCGACUCGCAUUCUACGUGACACCUCAGGACAAAGUAAGGGUGUUGGAUUCGCAAGAAUGGAAUCCAAAGAAAAGUGUGAGCAGAUAAUCCACAUAUUUAAUGGGAAAGCAUUACAAGGAGCUAAAGAUCCUUUAUUAGUUAAAUUUGCUGAUGGUGGUAAUAAGAAAAAAUCGAUGUAUAAAAGUACAAUGUGGAGAGACACCGGAGAAAAUAUGACGAUGAAUUACGAUGCAAGCGGAGUCGGUCAAAAUGGCGUUGCGACAGCCCAUAUGCUGCCUACAGCAACUUUAACUCAAUAUGGUCGUCAUUAUGGUCAAGCUGUCCCUGGUUAUAGCGUACCAGGAACCCCAUGGGUCACACCAUACCUUGUGCAGCCCGCGCCUCCUCAUAUGCAACAGGUCGACAUGAUGCCAUCUGCAGAUCCUAGUAAUCCUCAAUACAGUAUAAUUCCUCAACUUACAACACAAAUGUCUGCAAUGCAUUUGGGAACUGGCUCAUACAUAGCAAGUCAUCAUCCCUAUUCUUAUACCACUUAUCCACAACCUAGCAUUAUCCAUCAAAUACCACUGGGCGAUUCAGAACAGACAAGUAACGCGGCAUCUCCUGAUGAUUCUUACCAACAGUAUCAAGCUCAACAGCCCAAGUAGGAUACGGUUUAUAGAUACGAAUAUGCUGAGGGCUACAUAAGUUAGAAACGACGAUACACAUGCUGAAAACAAAAGGGAUUAUUAAUGAAGAAUAGAAGGAGCGUUAAAUACAUAACAUAAAAAAAGUCAGAUAAAAUUCUUCCUCAUGAUAAAUUGACUUGCCAGCCAUCUUUUAUACAUUUUAUCCAUCAGCUAAAUAGGUGAAAGUAGUUAAUAUUUUGCAACGAGUCAAGAAAAGGAUAUUGACGUAAUUAUGGGGGUAUGAGACUGGCGUGUCUUCUACAUGUUCGACACUAGCUCGACUCUUUACACUGUACCAGCACAUCUCAUACAACAGUGACAAACUGAUAUUUGCAAUGAACAGUUUAGUGUCAAGCUGAUAGGCUUCCAGGAUAACUUUAGGUAUUACAUAUACUAAGGAAACUAUGAGUCGAAGCUGAAGGCUCGAGAAUGUGAAUAAAUAUUUUAACAAAAAUGUAAACUAUGAAAACGCUACUCAGAAAUAUACGAAAGAGAAUUCUUCCCAAGAGUAAUAAUAAUAUAAUAUUAAUAAUAAUAAUGAUAUAUAAGAAUAAUAAUAUACAGAGAGCACUUCCAAUGCUAGAAUUGAUAAAAAAAAAUUCAAAUUCAGUAUGGUUGUAAAAAUCAGUACCAACCGGACUUGUGCCAGCUGGCUGGCCGGUGGCUUGGCUGUAAGAGAAGGGAGACACCAUUCGCGUAACGAAUUUCAACGACGUGCGAAAAACUCCUCAUUCACAGCACAUGCUACUCCACCACCCGCUUAUCGCACUUUUAUCGGUUUAUUUUCGUUCAGACAUUCCAAGCCAGGCACAUGUGUGUACUGCCACGUGGAUAUACCUUAAUCUAAUACUUCUACGACCAUAUUUCACGUUCUGUUUUAAUCAUGAACAAUACAUUUAAAUUAAGAACAAGGAAAAAGCUACACACAAGAGAGAGAGAGAGAGAGAAAAGCUUUGUUUCUAAAAAAUAAUAAUAUUAAUAAUAAUUAAAAAAAAAAAAAGAAUCUUCAGGAUUAUAAUAUACAAUAAUUAUUGCACGUGAACGAAAAGAACAUAGUACUCUUUAGAGAGUGUUAUAUUUAUGAGUACAGUUACUAUAAAUCGAUAUCAGUUUUAAUUGUACAGUGAAUACAGAUAUUUUUUUUAGAAUUGUGCCUUUUCAGACAAAUCCACUUAGACAGGGAUAAUGCUGAAAAAUAUUAUAAUAUAUUUUUAACAUCGGAAUGUAAAUGUGAAAACUGAGCCAAAUUUUGAUCUUAUAGUUAAGAGAAUAUAAUUGUUUUUGCGUUGUAGCCAGUUAAUCAACUACGUUUGUUUUUGAUUAUGAAUUUGAUAGAUUUUGUAUGUAUAGUUGCCACUAACGGGAUUUGUGAAACGAAACAUCAGGUAGUGUUCGGAGGAGUUGUUUAGAAGAAGAAAGAAGAAGAAAGAAGAAGAAGAAGAAGAAUAUUACAAAAAAAAAAUAAAAUAAAAUAAAAUAAAUAGGGGGAAAAAAGAGAAAUGAAUAAAUAAAUAAAAUAAAAUAAAAUAAAAUAAAAUAAAAUAAAAUAAAAUAAAAUAAAAUAAAACAAAAGAAAUCAAACGGCGAAUUCUUAUAAAUGGGGGAGGAAACGCGUGCCGCCUGAGAAACUUUGUAAGUUUUGCUACGACGGGGAAAAAUAUGAUAUAUAGCUAGAGUGUAAAUUAAUAAUUUAUUAUAUCGAACGAACACAAAAUAAACGCGAUAUUAAAAAUGAAUGAAGUAAAAAAAAAAAAAAAA